AUGUCCAACAUGCUUUCAGAACAAUUAAAAACUUAAUAUAAGAGUAAAUCAGUUUAUUGGAGACAAGAAAAAGAAAAACUACUACAGACUUUUCAGCCAAGAUAGAAUAAUUCAUAAUCAUAAUAAAGAUCAAGAACUAGUGAACGAAAAAGUAUAAUACGUAACCUAGUAGAUUCACUUUAUAAUCAAGGAACUCCUGAAAAAAAUAAAUCUAUUUAUUAUCAUUUCUAAUCCUAAAUAGCUUAAUAAUAACAUCAUUAAUAAUAAUCUUAAAGUUCUACAAAAAAAUAAUAAACUGAAGAAUUAACCUUAUCUACUAUUAUAAAUAAAUAUUAAAGAUAAGUUGAAAAUUGUAAUUAAAAAUAAAUAGUACAUGAUCCUAUGGCUGAAUAAAUUAUUGAAUCAUUUCAAGAACUUAAAAAGAGAUCUAUAAAAAAGUAAGAUAUAUAAAAAUGUUAAUCUGAAUAAAAAAUUAUAGAAAAUAGUGCACAUAAAUAAAAUAUCUUCAGCAGAAUUAAUUAAAUCAGAGAAUUUAUUGAUUAAUAAUUAGGAAAUAAUGCAGAUGAAUCAAAUAAAGAAAUUAAAUAUGAAAGUUAAUAUUAAUCUUAUGUUGAUUAAAGUUCUGGUAAUUUGAGAAAUAAAUCAGUUGAAUUUAGAUAAUUCUUAGAUUAAAGAGUAAGUACAGGAAGAGAUUCUGCAAAUAAUAGAUUAAAUCACAGAAUCAAUUAACUUCGUUCAAUAAAAAGUUGCUCAACCUUAGAUGUUGGAAUAUAGGUUUCAUUAUUAGAUGAAAAUUUAAUUCAAUUAAAUUCUUAAAGAUUGAAAUAAGAAAAUUAUCAAUCUUUAAAUAUUUAAAAUGAUUCAUAAAAUUAUUUAGAAAAUUAAAAUCAACAAAGAACUGAUAGAACUAAUAAUAUAAAGAGAAAACAAUAAGAAUAAUACUUAGUUGAAGAUAAUAUAUAAUAAACAUCUCCUUUAUAAUCAUAAAAUCCUUAUUAUUAAGUAGAAUAAUCACUUACAUCAGAAUAUUAGUUACCUUUUUAAUAAAUUAUGUAGUAAUAAUAAUAAUAUUAAAAUGAAGAUUCAAUUUAAAAAUCUAAAAAUUCAGCAAGAAUGAGUAGAAGAAGUGAAUUCCUAUAAAAAGCAACAUAUUCAACUAAUGUCAAUGAUGAAAAUAAGGAUCGUUUUUCUGUAAAUAUUGAAGAAAUAAAGUAAGAAAGAUUAUCAGAGAAUGAAAGAUUUUCAGUGACUUCAAAUGAUAUAGGGGGUAAAGAUGGAAUAUUGGCUAACUUAGAUUUUAAUAAGGAAAGAUUUUCAGUUAGAUCGAAUGAAUAAAAUCCUUAAAACAAAGAAAGGAAUUCAAUUAAAUCUAAUUUUGAAGAAGAUCAUAAAGAUAGAUUAAUAUUAAAAAUGAAUAAGCCUGAUGUAAUACCUCCAAGUUAUCUUAAAUGCACAUUAAAUAAUAAGGAAAAUGCUGUUGAGUCUUAUAGUUGCACAUAAAAAAUUAAUAAAUAAGAAUUAGAAAUUAAAUUUGGAGAAAGAUUUGAAAGUAAAUAAAACACUAUUGAAAUUCCAAAAAUAGUUUAAGCUUUAAAUUUUGAUAAUAUAGAUUUGAGUAAACCUUUUUCUGGUACUCAAAUUUCAGUAGAUACUAAUAGAUUUUAAAUUGAAAUUUAACAAAUUAUGGAAAAAUAGAAUGAAACAUAAGAUGUCUAAUUGAAAUAAAAUGACCCAAUUUAUAUUUAAUAAGAUUUUGCCUUAACUAGCAAUAGAUCUUAAUUAUCUGUUCCAAUUACAGAGCCAACUUAAACUUAAUAAAAUAAUUAGUUAAACAAUAAUUUUAUUAGAGUAGAAGAAGAAAUUGAAGCAGGACAACCUGAUAUUAGGAUAAUUGAGAAUGCUACGGGUAUUACUGAAUGUAAUUUAUAAUAUUCAGAAGAUACAGCAAAUUUAAGAAUUCCAACUUAAGUCAGUAAUAAUGAAGAAACAAAAUUUAAACCAGAUUCAUAUGUAACUUGUGAAAUUUAAUUUUAAUAAAUAAAAUAAGACAAUUAAUAGUUAAAUUAAUUAUAAUCAACACAAUCAAAUUAAAUGAAUUAAUCAUCUUUUGAGUAAUGGUUAUCAUAAACUGAUUAAAACAAGAGAAUUUUUAAUUUUAAUUGUUAAUCUUAAUAUUUUUAAAAAGAAAAAUGUGAUCAUAGUACUUAAAUCAAUAAAAGCGAUUCAGAUUCAGACGAGGAAAUUUAAUUCAUUAAGAAAAAAUAAUAGAAAUGCCUAUAUAAUUAAGGAGUAACAUUAUUAGUUAGAAAAAUUACUUCAAUUUUAAAAAUAAGACAAAUCAAAUCAUUUUAUGAAAUUAAAGAGCAUUCUCUACAUCUAUCUCAAUAGUAAUAAUAAUAAUAAUAAUAAUAAUAAUAAUAGUAAUAGUAAUAAUAGUUGCAAUAAUUUAAAUCCUCAUUACAUAAUUAUCAUUCUUCAAUAGAAUCAUAAUAUUCAUCAUAGUUUUAUUCGUAAUAAUAAUCAUUAACAUCUCUUCCUAUUGCUUCAACAUAAACUUAAUAAUCUUAAAUUGAUUUAGUACCUUAAGCAGUAAAAGAAUAAGCAGCCUAAGAAAAAAUAUCAAAUCUAUUAAAAACAAUAAUGGAAGAAACUGGUUCAGAUACAUUAAGAAUGUUAAAGAAUAAAUCAAAUAUAUCACCAGUUGCUAAAAAGUAGGAAAAAAAUAGAUUAAAUAAUAGCCAAAAUUCUAGAUUAAAAAUUUCUAAGAAGAGUUCGGCAGCCUCGAUUUUAACAUCUAUGCAAUCUCCAGUACAAGAAAUAAAUGAUAGAAUUAAAGUAAACUUCAUUUAAGAUAUGGGAUUAGAAUCACCAAUUUAAAAACAUACUGAACAUGCAGAAUUACAUGAUUGCAGUAAAUAUAGAUGAUUUUAUUUUAGGUCCAAUUGCUGAGCCAAUGGAAUUUUAAGAUGUAUCAGUAUUAAUAAAAUAAAAGAGAGAAAUGAAAUAGAUUGCAGAUUCUAAUAAUGGAAGCAAUAUAAUAAAUAAUAGUUAUAAUGAUUAAAGACAUUGUUAGAUUUUGUCUCAUCAUAUUGCAAUUUAGAAAGCAAAGAUUGCUAAAAGAUUUUAGUAAAUUCAUUAUAAGACAGCUGGAUAAUAGUAUUUUAGAAAAGAAAAUUAUUAAAUUUGA